CGUCAGAUGGGUAUUCUAUGAUUCCCUGAGGACUGUCCUGUGCUACUGAGGCGUCCGUUCUUUGGAUUGAUGUGAUCACUGACCCACACGCGGCGUCAGCAAUUGGCUACGUUCCAAGAGCAAACGCCAGUGACGCCGCCUGACUUAGGCAGAAGAAUGAGGCUCAGCUUGGUGUCCGCUAAAGGAGGUUUUCCAAGCUAUUAUAUAUGACGAACGAGUUAUACCGACACUUUUUUGCCACGGUAUCUGUCACUGCAUCCGAAACAGCGACUUGUCUUCCCACAGUCAGCACAUUGCAGCCCACACACUGAACCGAAGAUACCCACGACCCGGCUUCCAGAGUCGACGGUUGGACGCAAUUUCGGCUCUCUCGCAUUCUCGCAUACAGACUGACUCCAACGUACGCCUGUGCUAUUGUCACUAACUGUGGUACACUGGGAUUUGACAACAAAGAUUACGAUGGCGGUACUGACCGACCUGCCAGCUGAGCUCCUGGAACAGAUCUACCAUUUCCUCGGCAGUAUUGACGAUGUGCAUUGUUUUGGACGAGCUUGUAAAACGACCUACCAUAACAUUAAGCGACAGAAUGUUUAUGUUGAGAUCAUGCGUUCCGUGGUCCAGCAUUCGCCCCAACAUCGAUACGACUAUCAGCUCUGUAGAAUGCUCAACCUGCACACGAGGAUUGUGCAUCAUUUCGAACAAAAUGGGGGCCAUCUUCCAGUUACCCGAACGAAUGCACUUGGUUACACGCUCAACGAAUGGGAAAACGCUCUCGCGUUGGCAAGUGUACCAAUUACAUGCGAGUCCAGCUUAUGUUCAGAAUGCCUGCCCGAUGAAAUGGUGUAUGAGAUCUUAGCUCGGUAUCAAGGAUUACGGACCCUCGAAGAUAUAUGGCUGGAGAGGCAGCUCAACGAAAGCGACUUCCUUGCAGUAGAUGGCACCUCGGACGCAGACCAGAUCAUGCAAUCUUUCCACACUCUCGUCGGGCGUGCAGAGGAGUUUCGAGAUGGCGAUAUCUCUGCACGUAACUCGAAGACACCCGAGACUAAGUCUUAUACCACGUUUAAUGCUGACCAGCGAGCACGAUUCUACUCGGCUGUUGUAUGUGUCUGGCUCUUGAAUGAGAUCCGGUGGGUGUUGACCAACUUCGCGUACCCAGGUGGCUUCAACAUUCCGAUUAUGGUAUUGGAGGGCUGCAGGGAAAAUAUUGCGAAGCAAAAGAGCACAUGCUUACUUGAUGAGUUGGAUCAACACGCUAUAUUUACUUUCAUGUACCACCACUUGCUCCCAUCGUACGGCACCUUUCUCGCUGAUCGAGAUUCUUCAAAGCUGCCAUUCACUUUCUGUUCGGACUUCAUGAAGGAUAGCCCUCACUGUAUCCGGCUGUUGCAAUUAUUUCUUGCCGCCGGUCAGACCUACCUGCAGCCACCUGACCUGAUCGACCUCAUUGUCCGCUCGAAGGUUUCCCGUAGAGCCCCCUAUCCCCUAAUGACGCUGCCGGUCUCGACCGAGAACUGGAUCCGGCCGUCAAGGGCCUUCGCCUUACCACACCACUUCGGCCUCUGCGACAAUCGCUACAAGAGCUUGAUCCAGCGAGCAUCUCUCAUUCACCUCUCACUCAUCAUCCGCUCGUCCUUCCACCAAACACAAGACGAUAUGUCGCAAAACAGGCUCACCGCGCCUGCGCUCAGCCAAGCACCCUACGACCUAAAAGAUCAUGCGAGGCAAUAUUUUACCGAGAGAGCCAUGGUAGCGUUCGAGCUGUAUGAACAGCGUAGCAGCGGGCUGAGGAACAUCAGAGACGGGUUUUGGAAGGUAUGGGAUAGGGUGUUGUGGAGUGUCUGGUGGUGGGCAAAUAGUGAGGAGAAGGCUAGGGCCAAGAUGGAAAGGUGGAGACAGCGACGACAAUGGGUAGGUGGACGGAUACCGAGGGCGUAAGAUGGGUUCGUUGGAAGAGUUUGAUCCCGGGUGGAAGGUAAUGUUCCAUUGAGAAGUUGGAGUGACAGCGGCCGCAUUCAUGAUGGAGAAGAGCUGAUUGUUGGCCUUGCAACUAAUGCAAACUAGGCGUGUUAGUUGACUGGGAUGCUUUCGUUUUGGCUUGUGGCAUCUCGGGUGUAUGUUGUAAUGAGGAUGUUUAUCAAUGUCCGGCCACCAUACAAAUUGAGAGACACAUAGCAGGAUUCACGACCAACUUUAGUUUAGCUUGAGACUUACGGAUAAUUUGAGUCCUAAACACUUCGCGGAUUCUUCAAUCGUAGAACCGAG